AUUUGUGUGUGUGUGGUCCUGGCAGCGGCUGGAGUGCAGGAGGUCAACGAAAAUUCAAUACAAGGCAAGGCACAUCGGAGGCCAAUCAUGUCGUUCAGGACUUCUGAUAUUGGCCAUUAAAGUUUUUUUGGACGCUCCAGCCAGGUUCGCCAGAGCCCGAGAGGGCGGUGUGUCAAAUGUAGGGGAUUCUCACAACCGCUCCCCCUCCCCCAAAAAACUACGAAGAAGCUUUUGCCAACGAAGGCAGUUUUGAUCCUGAGAAGAACAAAACGUCCAGGUUUGCCUUUUAUGAGCCUGCUGGGUCUCCCCUCCGGUGCCACAUCCUUUUGUACCCUUUAAAAUAACGCCCCCAAGAAGAAUUAAGAGAAAGGGGGGUACUUUGGGCAUGCCAAGUACUGGUGAGAGAACCAAACCCCCCUGCCUUCUCCACCCCCCCUGGAGCAGCGCCCCCCAUUUUUAUAGGGGGAGCAGUUGAGACUUUCCAGGAAUCUCCCCCCCUGCUUCUCUGAGCUCCUCCAGAGCGGAAGGUUCGUGUCCAAGAACCGGAUUAUUUCUAAACCAACUUGUGGCAUUUCUCCAGUUUGGGGGAGGGGAGGCGGGAAGGGCGAGGGUCGUUUUGCACCGUUAUUACGGGCCAGCGGGUUGCUGUGAAUUUUAACCGGGUCUUGCCCGUGAAUUUUAACCAGGUCUUGCUCCGGAUCCAUUUUUUUUUCUAAACACAAUCUUUUUUCGUGGGGAGGCACUAGCCACCAAGCGGCCCCCCGGUUGCUCGUCCCUCCUCCUCCCCCCCGCCGCUGGCUGGCAAGGGAAGGCACAUACAUGUUCAUACCAACCGGUGUGAUCGUGGUCUGGUGCUGCUGCUGCGGGUUGCUGAGUCCCAGACAGAUGUUGCGCCAUCAGAGCCUCCUCAAAUGCCGCUGCCGCAUGCUGUUCAAUGACCUGAAGGUCUUCCUGCUCCGGCGACCCCCGCCGCCCUCGCCUCCCCUGCCCAUGAACAGCGCCGAGCACCCCCUGGGCUCGCAGGCGGCCAAUAACAACACCCUGCCCGCGCUGCAUGGAGGGCGAGGGGGGGGCUGGAGGGCGCCGGCUGCCGGGGGGGGCGGCCCGGCCAGCCCGCCCGAGGAGGAGUGGACCAGCCCGGCCGGCGAGCCCCUCACCUCCACCAUGAGCAGCGCUUCCUCGGAGGACUUCUGCAAAGGGAAGGCGGAGGACAGGUACUCGCUGGGCAGCAGCCUGGACAGCGGCAUGAGGACCCCGCUCUGCCGGAUCUGCUUCCAGGGCCCUGAGCAGGGGGAGCUGCUGAGCCCGUGCCGGUGCGACGGAUCGGUGAAGUGCACGCACCAGCCUUGUCUGAUCAAAUGGAUCAGCGAGAGGGGCUGCUGGAGCUGCGAGCUGUGUUACUACAAGUAUCACGUCAUCGCCAUAAGCACAAAGAACCCUCUGCAGGUAAAGUGGCAGGCCAUCUCUCUGACAGUCAUCGAGAAGGUUCAGAUAGCAGCCGCCAUCUUGGGUUCCCUCUUCCUCAUCGCCAGUAUCUCGUGGCUCAUCUGGUCGACCUUCAGUCCUUCCGCCAAGUGGCAGCGCCAGGACCUGCUCUUCCAGAUCUGCUAUGGAAUGUACGGCUUCAUGGACAUUGUCUGUAUAGGUCUAAUAAUACAUGAAGGGCCCUCAGUUUACCGGAUUUUCAAACGGUGGCAGGCGGUAAAUCAGCAGUGGAAAGUGUUGAACUAUGACAAAACAAAAGAUAUGGAGGACCAAAAAACAGGGACCAGGACAAAUGUCCGAACCUCCUCCCAAACCAACCAUUCGUCCUCCACCGGUGGUACAGCCAGCAACUCCGCUCCUACCGACAACGGGGUCCGAGGCACAAACCACACCACCGGCACCCUGUCCGACCACCACUGUGCUUACACCAUCUUGCAUAUACUCAGCCAGCUGCGGCCUCACGAACAGAGAAGCCAGUCUAGCACUAACAGAGAGCUUGUCAUGCGGGUCACAACGGUCUGAGGGAAAGAAUUCAGGAGGCCUUACCACAAAGCGGAGGAGACAAAGCACUCAAGAGCAGUGAUGCAUGGUGUGCCUUUAAUUUUUCUGGCUAGCUGCGCAAGGUGGAGAAGCAGCUCUUGGCCAACGGAGGAAGGAGGUAGAGGCAGAGGUGCACACACAUGCUGAAGAGGUUAACGUUUUCCAGCCAGUCAAUAUUAUUUUUUAAAAUAAAAACAAACCAAGUGCAAUAUGGACUAACAAAUGACUGGGCAGAGUUUUGGAGAAGCAGAGUCAGAGCCGGUAUUAGCAUGUCUUACAAGUUUUAUUAGCUGGGAUGGGUAAUGUUCUUCAAACACACAAACACACACACACACACAGAGCGUGGGAUUCUAACAGCGAGAAGGGGAAUGAAGGAGGCGAUGUAUUUAGAGGAGUUUUCGGAUGGUGUUAAGCAGGGGUGUGAUCCAUCGUUUUGUUUCAUAAAUCAUGUGGGAGCCUUGUAUUAUUCACGAUAGCGUCUUUCCACUGAAAUGGCUGAGGAUUUUUCAGUUUUGAUAUUAAACAAAAAAACCUGUCCAGAUUUCACCCAAAGCAAAAACCCCUGAUGUCAGAUGCUCCCGCUAGGGGUUCGGAGCCUGGUUUUGAGAGACGGUUUGACCGACAUUUUGGGGCAACAUUUGUACAAAGACACUGUGGGUGUUUGAAGCACAAGUCCUGGUACGAUGCCCCCAAAUCCCACCUCCAAACCUUCCCGCUCACAAAAACCAUCCUCCAGGGAGAUUUUGACAAAGGCAGCUGCUCCGGGUUAAUUUCUGCUCAUACCUCAUCCCCCUAUUUGCUAACACUAGGCCAGUCCCACGUCCACAGUUUCUCCUGCAUCUGUGAUUCAGAUACUCCUAAGAGGAGGGGGGGGUUUUAACCUGUAUUUCCCUGCUGCUCAGUUUGCAAGAGUCUCACUCGAUGUUGUAGGUUAAGCUCUCGAUAUCCAGUUUGAGGAAUGAUUGAAUGGAAGACACUAAACGAUAAGCUAACAAAGACUUAGUCUGAAGAGAGAACGCAGUCUCUGAGGGUGUGUCUAGACUACACCUCUCUGUCGACAGAGAGAAGUAGAUUAGGCACAUUGAAA